CACCACAGAAGAAGAAAAAGCAGGAAGUGCCUGCCUGUGCUGUGGUUGUUUGCAUGUUCAUUAUUUACUAGCUACAGUAAGUAGGUGGGCAAGUUCAAGUAUUUGUAUUUUGUGUAAAGAUCAAUAGACUGUAAGUUCCAUGGCAAGUCCAGAGACACCAGGAGAUGAGAGUAUGGAGCGGAGGUCCGGAGCUGCAGGGGUAAGCUGUUCAGGAACGCCUACAAAGCUUGGCCCCUCAGGUGCCAACGUAGACUCCCAGCUACAAGAUGCCGUCCACUUAAAAACGGAGGGGAACAAAUUCUACAAAGAGAAAAAGCUUCGGUCUGCAAUUGGACGUUACCACCGUUCGUUGCUCAUUCUGCGUAGUUUAGACUCUGAUGUCACUGCGGCAGUGAAGGGGUUUGGUCCUGAGGCUCCUGUACUCACCCCAGGACAGGAAGAACUACUUAGGAACACACAGGUCGACUGCUACAACAAUUUAGCAGCCUGUCUGCUGCAGAGGCAGUGUGUCGACUACACGCGUGUCCAGGAGUACAGCUUGCGGGUGUUGCAGUUGCGGCCAGAUGACAUCAAGGCCCUGUACAGAGCAGGAGUGGCCACUCUGGAGCUGGGAGACGCACAGAGCGCCAAGCAAUACCUCACUCAGGCCAGCAAGGGACAACCCAAUGACACUAAUGUGAGGAGGCACCUGCAGCGAGCAGAGGAAAGGCUGAACACGGAGUACCAGAAGGAGAAGGCUCUGUACCGGGGCAUGUUCUCCUCCAGUUAGAGAGCCGGGGAGGGGGCCAGCGGAGGAGUCACCCAGAAUUAAGUUCCCAUCAGGAGGGAUGUUCUGUUGUUCUGACCCUGAAGAUUGAGAAGAGAAGAGGAACCAAGCCUGGACUGGACACAUAGAUCAUUGAUUCUGUGCAGAGCCUUGAUCAGGCUGAUCCUAUUGAAGAUCCUGUUAUGCUAUAGAGAAUAUUUUUGCCUGAUGACCAACAAGGAGAUGGAGCUAAAUUGUUGGAGGUUCAGCAUAAGGGUUGAAGGUCAAAGCAAGGGUGCUUAAAGAGAGACUAUUUGUGCACUGUUCAAACUCAGUCCUAUUAUGACUUCUGAAAGUGGUUGUUUCUGGUCACAUAAUCAGUCAUGUUCCUUUUUGUGUACAAAAUGUUUUGAUUAAACUUAAGAAAUAUAUUUAGAAA